AUGGUCAUUUUGACUCUUUUGAAUGAGCCGCCUCUCUGUGACCCCGUUGGUGGCCAGGAGGCUUUAGUUGCCCCGGAGCGCGGCCCGGUUCUGCGCGGGAGCCAACCAGAUGUUUUAAGUACUCUGAAGAUAAACUCCUUAAAAUAUUUUGUUGUAGAUGUGACAACUGAGGCAGUAGGUGUAGCUAUUGCUGCACCUCCGUCGGACGGAGAAGCAAAUGCAGAGCUGUGUCACUACCUCUCUAAGGUGCUAGAGGUGAAGAAGAGUGAAGUUGUUUUAGAGAAGGGUGGUAAAUCACGUGACAAAGUGGUGAAGAUUUUGGUAUCGAUGACACCAGAUGAAAUACUAGAAAAACUGAAAAAAGAAGCUUCCAGUUGACCUAAAACAAGAGCAGGAAAUGGAACAAUGCGUCUUG